UUGCCCGUCGGAUUAACUCAUUCAACCAAAGCUUUUUACAUUUACGCUCUCUCAAAACCCUAGCCAUCAGGGUUUUAUGCAUCCACUCAAACAAUAUUAAUUCUGCAAGGCGAACGGGGUUGCGAAAGAAGUCGAAUUAAUGGCUAUUUCGUCUGUCUAAUGGACAGAAACGCCUUCAAUAUCGUAUUGUGCUCAUCGAGAUAAGCUCGUUGGUACCACAUUUGAUGUUCUCUGUUACUCAUUAGUCUUAUUUCUCCAAUGGCGUUUCAGGGUAGACUGAAAGAGCUGUUUGUCAAAUACGGUAAAGUCGGUUUAGGAGUUCAUUUAUCUGUGUCUGCCAUGUCUAUAGCGGGCCUUUACGUUGCCAUUAAAAACAAUGUAGAUGUGGAAUCUAUGAUUGCCAAAAUAGGGCUUCAUAGUCAUUCCAAGGAGGAGACAGCGAAAGAAAAUGAAGUUGCAAAUCGGUUGCCUGGGGAUGAAGAAAUAUUGAGUGGAACUAGAGAUGGGACAGAAGAGACGAGAAAGCGGGGUUCUGAUGUGCUAGUAUCGGGUGGGGGAGCACUGAUGCUUGCACUUCUAUGUAAUAAGGCGCUUUUUCCUGUGCGCGUGCCCAUAACCAUUGCUCUCACGCCUUCUGUUGCCAAGUUCCUUGCCAGUCGGAGUCUUGUAAAGGGUGGUUUUAGAUAGGGUUUUACUUUUUUAAAUUAGGGUUUCAGGUGAUUUCUGAAUUGGAGUUUCAAGCCCUUUUUUAUCUAGGGCUGACUGAAAUUUUAUUGGGGAUUGUCGGGUUAUUGACUCAAAGAAGGAAAUUUUUUACAGUUUUAAUAGAAUGGACUUCAUAUUUUACCGCA